AAAUCACUCUCUUACACUUCUUUCUACUCAAAUGGCUUAUGAUUCUCAAUUUAAAUUUUUCUGCAAUGCUGUCAAAAAAGUUUUCAUGGCUCUUGUCACCUGCACCGUUGCUCUCGGAGGAGCAACUGUGGGAACAAUAGCGGGAGCAAUCGAAGGACCCACUACAGAAACAGGUCUGGUCCGUGGGUCCGUUGUGGGUGCAGUCACCGGCGCCAUAACCGCGUUGCAGCUCAUGGAUAUGAUCAUUGAUGGCGAACCAUUCUCCAAAGUCUCAUUUCUAUCUAGUCUUGUAAACGGACAAGUCUUUGCGGACUGGGUCACUCCCGCUGUCCUCAAAGCCUACCAGUCUCAGAUUAAUGGAGUUGAAACUACGUUUGCGGAUCUUUUUGACGCGUGUGAGUACAAUGGGUCCAAAGGAUUGAGUGAAGAUUCGAUAAACGAGUUACCUAGAUUCGUGUUUGAGAGUUGUUGCAAAAGGGUAUGUACGAUUUGCUUGCAAAACUUCGAGAACAAAGAAGAUGGAAGAGAACUAACGAAGUGUAAACAUGUGUUUCAUUUGACGUGUAUAGAUGAGUGGCUGAUUAGAAAUGGUUCUUGCCCUGUUUGUAGAAGAAAUGUUUAGGGGUUGGUUUGUUAUGUUGUAAAACCCGAAGGGGUUUUUUUGGUCAUGGUUGUAUAAAUGAAUUUCUGCCUUUUUUGUUUUAAAGGACAGAAAUAAAUG